AGUCAGCCGAAGUAUGGGGUGCUUUGACUCUCCGCUGUUUACUCGCUAAUGUUAAAUGAUUAAAAAUGCCGCCUCCAGUGUGAUGUCACGGUAGAUAUUUAGUGUUUUAUUCGGUUGAAGUGUUUCAUGAACGGAAGUACCAGCCUGUGCGUAACAGCGAACUCUUCUCUGCAUCCCUCAUCUCCUCGUCCUGUGGACACAGCUAGCUAUGAUGUGAUUGUGUAUAACAGCCGUCGGGGGGGGGAAGUUUUUUUAAUUGGCAUUACCAUAGCAACAACAGCACAAUCUGCCUUCCGUUUCACGCCUUUAAUGCUGUGAUUUCGAUAGGCAUCACAUAGCUCCGCGGCAGGAGGAACCGCUAGGAACACAUUCUUGGCAUAAACAGCCGAAGACAGCGCACACUGUGAGCUCACACAAAAAAAAAAAAAAAAAAAAAGAUGUCUUUCUUCAAUUUCCGGAAGAUAUUCAAGUUGGGACCCGACAAAAAGAAGAAGCAGUACGAGCACGUGCACAGGGACGUUAACCCCGAGGACAUAUGGAACGUCAUCGGGGAGCUAGGAGAUGGAGCGUUCGGCAAAGUGUACAAGGCUCAGAAUAAGCUGAAUGGAACCCUCGCUGCUGCCAAGGUUAUCGACACCAAGACAGAAGAUGAACUGGAAGAUUACAUGGUGGAGAUCGAAAUCUUGGCCUCCUGCGACCAUCAUCAUAUCGUAAAACUGCUGGAUGCUUUCUAUUUUGAAGGCAAACUAUGGAUUCUGAUUGAGUUCUGUGCCGGUGGUGCAGUGGAUGCCAUCAUGCUGGAACUUGAGAGGGCCCUGACAGAGCCCCAGAUCCGUGUGGUGUGUCGCCAGACCUUGGAGGCCUUGUGUUACCUCCACGAGAACAAAGUCAUCCACAGAGACUUGAAAGCCGGGAACAUUCUCCUCUCUUUGGAUGGAGAAGUGAAACUGGCUGACUUUGGGGUGUCUGCUAAAAAUACCAAGACUUUACAGAGAAGAGAUUCUUUCAUCGGCACUCCGUAUUGGAUGGCCCCAGAGGUGGUCAUGUGUGAAACUUCCAAAGACCGUCCGUACGACUACAAGGCCGACAUCUGGUCCCUCGGGGUGACCCUUAUAGAGCUGGCGCAGAUUGAGCCACCCAACCACGAGAUGAAUCCCAUGAGAGUGCUGCUGAAAAUAGCCAAGUCCGAGCCACCCACACUCAUGCAUCCCUCUCGCUGGUCACCAGAAUUUAACGACUUUCUGCGGAGAGCGCUUGAUAAGAAUGUGGACAAUAGGUGGGGCACGCUACAGCUUCUACAGCAUCCUUUUGUCACCAGUGUAACUGAUAGCAAACCUCUCAGAGAGCUCAUAGCUGAAGCCAAAGCUGAAGUCACAGAGGAGAUCGAGGACAGCAAAGAGGAGGAGGAGGAGGAUGAGCCUGAUACACCUUCGGCGGCUCCUGGGCACAAGCGAGGGCAUUCAGAUGUUAGUGUGGCCAGCUCAGAGGAUGACAAAGUGCCACCGACUUCCUCCACGCUGGAAUCCGUUACAGAAAAGACGGAGGCCGAGCCUGCUGAGGACCGGACCAGUGAUAAGCUCUCUGAUGAAGGACUCGGAACAAGUGAAGUAGACAAGACCGAGGAGGAGAAACUCAACGAGGUGUCUGAUGCCAGUAAUGAAGACCUGGCCUCUGGGUUAAUAGAGCCUACCAAGGACUUACUGUCACAAGGUCCUACAGAGCCUACUAGACCAGAAGAUGGUCCAGCUGAAGAGAUUCCUGCUGAGCCUGCAGUGUCACAGCCAGAAGAACCUGUGGAUACAGGGGAUAUCAAUGAACUUGUAACAGAUGGUCAAGAAACAGAAGAGGAACAGAAGGAGACACAAGGAGAAAAAACAGAGGAUGAACCCACUCAAGUUAUUGAAGAAGAAGAACAAGCGCCUGAGGAGGUCAAAGAAGAGGAAGAAAAAGAUGCUGGUGCUGUUGUAGAAGAAUCCAGAGAAUCACAAGAGGAACCUAAAGAUAAACCAGAAGAACCAGAAUCCAUAUCAGGAGAAGUGGCUAAGGCAGAAGAAGAAAGCAAAGAGCCAGACGAGACACCUCAGCAUGCCUUAACAGAAGAAAGAAUAGAAGACGCAGCUAAUGGCACAGACGUAGAUAUAGGCACGCAAAAUAUAGAAUCGAAUGUGGUGGACACAAACAUAAAUGGAGACACAGACACAAAGUUGAGCGUGGACGAGUCCUCUGCUGUGGUUCUGUUGGAGAAAGAGGCCAUAGAGAGUCAGCCAGAGGAAAAGCCAGAAGAUGAGGCCCCUGAGGAGGCAAAGCAGCUUGAACAAGAGAAUCAGACCAAGGGGGAGGUCGAUCUGGAGGAACAGGCCCCAACUGAAUCCACAAAUGCAGUCAGUGAUGAAGCUAAAGCCACCUCUGAGGGUUCAGAACAAGUGGUCCCAUGUAAAGAGGUCCCUGGGAAGGAAGAUGAAGAGAAAGCUGCUGGUGCAGAUGAGAGCACUUCCCAAGAUGCCGUCUCUGUACCGGAGAGUGAAACCGAUUCAGAAAGCAAGAUCGAGCAUGGAAGCCCUGCUGUGAUCAAGUCAGAUUUGGAGAAGGACUCUGACUCUGGAAGCAGCUCUGCUGCGGAUACCAACAGCCUUGACCUCAAUCUGUCCAUCUCCAGCUUCCUGUCAAAGAGUAAAGAAGGGGGCUCUGUGUCUAUGCAGGAGUCAAAACGUCAGAAGAAGACUCUGAAGAAGACGCGUAAGUUCAUGGUGGACGGUGUGGAGGUCAGUGUGACGACAUCAAAGAUAGUGACAGAUAACGACACCAAGAGCGAAGAGAUGAGGUUCCUGAGGCGCCAGGAGUUGAGAGAGCUGCGCCUCCUGCAGAAAGAGGAGCAGAGGGCCCAGCAGCAGCUGAGCAACAAGCUGCAGCAGCAGAGAGAGCAGAUCUACCGCCGCUUUGAACAGGAAACUGCUGCUAAGAAGCGCCAAUAUGACCAAGAAGUGGAGAACCUCGAGAAGAAGCAGAAGCAGACCAUCGAGCGACUGGAACAGGAUCACACCAGCCGGCUCCGAGACGAGGCCAAGCACAUCAAAGGGGAUCAAGACAAGGAGCUGUCCAAGUUCCAGAACAUGCUGAAGAACCGGAAGAAAGAGGUCAAAGAGGAAGUCGGACAGUCACCCAAACAUAUGAGAAAAGAGCUCAUGAAACGCAUAAAGGAGGAUCUGUCACUCCUUAAGACUGCAGAGGAGCAAGAGUUCUUACAGAAGCAGCAGCAUGAGCUGGACGGAGCUCUGAAGAAAAUCAUCCAACAGCAUAAACUGGAGAUCACCACUAUUGAGAGGGACUGCUUGAACCACAAGCAGCAGCUGAUGAGAGCUCGAGAGGCGGCCAUGUGGGAGCUGGAGGAACGCCACCUGCAGGAGAAGCACCAGCAGCUGAAGCAGCAGCUGAAAGACCAGUACUUCCUGCAGAGACACCAGCUGCUGAAGAGGCAUGAGAAAGAGAUGGAGCAGAUGCAGCGCUACAACCAGCGGUUGAUAGAGGAGAUGAAGAACAAGCAGAAUCAAGAGAGGGUUCGUCUGCCCAAGAUUCAGCGCAGCGAGGCCAAGACCCGCAUGGCGAUGUUCAAGAAGAGCCUCCGCAUCACCGCCACCGCAUCCGUCACGCCGGAGCAGGAGAGGGAACGGAUAAAACAGUUUGCUUCUCAGGAAGACAAGAGGCAGAAGAAUGAGAGGCUCCAUCAACACCAGAAACAUGAGAACCAGAUGAGGGAUCUGCAGCUGCAGUGUGACUCAAACAUCAGGGAGCUGCAGCAGCUACAGAAUGAGAAAUGCCACCUUCUGAUUGAACAUGAGACCCAAAAGCUGAAGGAGCUGGAUGAGGAGAACAGCCAGGAGAUAAAGGAGUGGAGGGAGAAGCUACGACCCAGGAAGAAGGCGUUAGAGGAGGAGUUCACGCGGAAGCUCCAGGAGCAGGAGGUCUUCUUCAAGAUGAGCGGCGAAUCCGAAUGCCUUAACCCCACCACCCAGAGCCGAGUAUCCAAAUUCUACCCGAUCCCAAACCUGCACAACUCCGGUUUAUAGCCUCU